AUGCAAGUCUCACAGCUAUACGGGAAACACCACUCUAACAGUCCGCACAAGCAGAUAUACGUCUACCCUAUCAAGUCGAUGCGUCCUACGACGCUGACCUCGGCGAAAUUGACAUGCAAUGGCCUGCCCUACGACAGGACCUUCAUGCUGCUGAAGGUCAAGCCAGACGGCCAACUGCAGAACAUGCAUAUCGACAAGUUCCCGAAACUCUCUCUUUUCCUGACAGAUAUUGAGUUUCCCUCGUCACAUCAGACAAACGGAGAGAACACCAACGGGGACGUCGAGCAAGAUGACAAAGGCUGGAUAACAGUGACAUAUAAGAACUCAGCCGGUCCACACCCGGAGGCUGGCGUUGGCAAUACCCUACGCAUACCCCUGAAGCCAGAGACAAGCAACUUAAAGCAGUUCGAGGUGAUGAUGCAUCGUAGCCCGACAACGGCAUAUGACAUGGGAGUCGAGUAUAGCAGCUGGUUCUCUGCCUGGCUCGGCUUCAAAAUCGUGUUCGCGUAUAUCGGUGAACAUCGACGACUUGCUCUAGGCAAUUUUGCAUCCACUGAUACAAACGGCGGAUGGAUGUCGGCCAUCUCCAGCAUGGUACCUAUUCCUGGUCUGGCUAGAACAAAUGAUGCAUCAAAGGUGCUCACGUUCGCAGACAUGGCGCCUUAUCUGGUCGUAUCACAGACGUCCGUCGAUAAUGUAUCGUCUCGCCUACCUCCCGAUGAACCCAUGGACAUUACUAAAUUCCGACCCAACAUUGUGCUGGCUGGUGCUCCGACGGCGUUCGACGAGGAUUACUGGGCUGAGCUGGUUAUUGGAGAGGACGUGGAGGUGCAGCUUAGAAAUAACUGUGUGCGUUGCAUGAGUUUGAAUGUUGAUUUCGAUACCGGGGCGCCGCACAAGGGGGAAUCAGGCACUGUUCUUAAAAAGUUGAUGAAGGAUAGACGUGUCGAUAAGGGGUCUAAAUAUAGUCCUGUGUUUGGACGGUAUGGGUUCCUGCACCGGGAAAAGGGGGCCAGCGAGCCGGUUAUUCGAGUUGGUGAUGCUGUGAAGGUGUCUAAGGUUAACGCUGAGCGUACUACUCUAGGUGAGUUUCCUGUCUAUCUCUCAUAA